AUGUCAGGUUGGAAAUCGCCAACCAUACGCAUAUCAAAAUGGUUAGAUAGUCUUUUAAGACCACUUUUUGAUAGAUUAGCAAGUGAUACGACAGUAUCAAAUAGAUUGGAAUUAUUAAAACAUAUUGAAAGAUGGUCAGAUGGUUACAUGACAACAACCACAUCAUUCAUUACAAUGGAUGUAACUGAUCUUUGUACGAUGAUACUACAAGAAGGAGGAGUUACAGCCAUUAAACGUCUAAUAGAAACUAGUAGAUUAGAACAAAUCGAUGGUGUUAAAAAAGAAAUUAUUCUUGCUCUUACCAGAUUUGUUAUGAAUAAUAACUAUUUCUAUUUGGAUGGGUCAUAUUAUAAACAGAUAAAACGUGGAGCAAUGGGCUCCCCUUUGACAUUAGCAGUAGCUAAUGCAUAUAUGUAUUUUGUCGAAAGACCCAUAGCUAAAUGGGCCAAGAGAACAUGUUCAUUAUAUUUUCGGUAUAUUAAUGAUUUGUUCAUAAUGACAAAUGUAUAUAGAGAUACAUUAAAUGUUCGGGUACAAUUCUGGAAUAGACUGGAUAAUAAUAUUGAAUUAUCAGAAUCUAUUGGAUUUACCGCCCAGUAUCUAGACGUAAAACUUGAAAAUAGAGGAGGAAAAUUGAUAUCCGAUGUGUUUCAUAAAUCUUCGCAUGGACCGUAUUUUCUCCCUUUUACAAGUAUGGAGAACUUUUCGACCCAAUUCAAUCAAAUCUGGGAAAAUUGCUUUUCAGACACAGCCGUUUGUAACAUAAGAUCGAUCGUAGGCACUAAGAAACUACAUGAUCCUCAAGAUUAUCUAGUUAAAAAGAAGCCAGACCGUUCACUAUUAAAAAUUACGAAUUAA